ACACUGUGACGCAAUGCCCUAACAUAAGCGGUGCGCGAAGUGAAACACUGCCGGAAGUUUCUUCCCUACCAUGCCUGGUACCGCCACAACCCUAGUUUCACUCGGAUAAGCGGCACGUCGGAGAUAAGUUCAUGGAAGAACCUCAGAAGGAAACCCUGGAAGAAGCUCCUUUGAAACGAAAACCUGAUCUUGAAUUAUUCGACGAGGAUAAUGAUCGAAAGAAAGUAAAAUCUGAGGUUUCUGGUGAUGAUCCCCCACUCAUUGAAGAGAAAUCCUGCAAAGAUGUGUCAGGAGAAGCAGACGGUGAAAACGAUGAAGAUGACGAUGAAAGUGACGACUCCGACGAAGACGAUGAAGCUGUAGACCAGGAUGGUGAGCAUUCCAACGGAAAAUCUGUGAUUGAUGCUAAGGGUAAAGGAAUCAUGGUUGAAGAAGAAAAGGGGAAAGGUAAAAAUUUGAAAGUUGAAAAUGGAAGUGACGAUGAAUCCGCCGAUGAGCGAGAUCUCUCUGACGAAGAUACUGAUCUUUCCGAUGACCCGCUUGCGGAAGUCGAUCUAGAAAACGUUCUUCCUUCAAGGACGCGGAGGCGGGUCGCUCAGCCGGGUGCUUAUAUUGUGAAUGAUCUCGGCGGUGACGAUGACGAUGAUAGUGACGAUAGUGAUGUGUAAUUUCAAGAAGGUCAGUUACUCUGAGCCACAACUGUCUUAGAUUUUGGAGGUCCUGGUGGAAAAUUGGAGAUUGAAAUCUACUAAUUCAUUGUCCAGAAUACAAUGUGGUAUGAUUAGAUACAUGAUAUAGCUCAAUUUAAGCGACAUGGUUGAUUUUGCUUUAUUUUGUACCAGUUGAGACCGAACUUUGCUUCACAGUGCUUAA